AACCUGUCCAGCUGUGAACACACAGGCUAACUAUAUGUGUCUAUAUAACGACGAUGUAUUGACAUAAAUUAUACUACCGCGCCAUGCAAAAAGGCGACCGUUACACAGAAGAUAAGGACGCAGAAGGUGGGAAGAGUAGACCAACUUCUAGAAGGAACUCAGCGUCUCUUUCCCGUCGCGGUAGCAGAGAAGAGAAGGACAGUAAGAGAGUGACUACUGCGCCUACAUCCAGCAAUUCCACUCCUAAAAGACAACCUAAGAGUCAGAACUUCGAUCUCGUAGUGACAGGGCGGCAGAUUUUUAAAAGAGCGGAUCGCGCAAGUUCCCUCCCCGGCUCCCACAGGCGACCUUCCCUGGACUCCCUACAUAAGAAGAAAACCUUCGAUUCCCCUAAGCGGCACAGCAUGGCGCAUUCUACUAGAAGUAAGGACACUUCUAUAGAAGAUGACAUGUCGUUAGAGUUGUCUCAGGUUUCAGAUUUCGAAGACAUGAAUUCAAAGUACGGUAUCAGACGUAUAACAGCGACAUCUACUCCCAAGCCUCAGAAACCACGCAGUGGGUCAUUACAGUGUCAGAUAGCCAGAGGUCCCCGUGACGUUACAGUCAGGCGAGGUCAGAUGAGCCUAGAUAGCAGAUGCAGUAGACAGAGUACCCUCUCUUGUAGCAGAGAUAGUUAUAAAACUUCUUCUUCAAGUCAGUACAGACAAGGUGUCAGUACUGAGUUGGAUUGCUCCUCUGUGUCACCGGAGUACUCCGCGCCCUCUUCUGUUGGGUCAAUGGGGGUAGCCCCAGAUACCCUCAUUUCGCCGCGAUCACAGGAUCUUAAUGAAUCCAGCUGCUGCGUGAGCACAUGGCAGGAGUCAGGUCCCGUGGGUCCCGCUGAGGGCGAGUGGGCCCAAUUCUGGGCGCGGUACAACGGGCCCACGAGCGCUCUCUACGACCACUGUCCCACGCCGUAUCGCAGCGAUGAUCUUGAUUUAUUGGACUUUGAAUUCUCAACAGAUGGCUCUGUAAAGCGUUCACCAGAUAAAACCAUAAACAUUCACGAUCUCAUAAAACAAGAAGGAUUACAUUUAACAGCAAAAGAAACUCAAAACAUAAUAAAAUGCGCACAAAUUCUAGGCAGCGUCGUAUCCAAAGCCAUAGACAGAAGAACCAAAGACAAGGACGAUGUUACCGAAAAGAUUCAAGAAAUAAAAGAGGCCGAGGAAAAAGAAAUUAAAAAGAAAACAUUGACACUUGAUCUGAAAGAGACAGUCUUACCUGUAGAAGUGAAGGAGGAAAAGAGAUGGGAGACGGUAACAACUCAAACGGAUAUAUCGUUGCCGAAUACGAAAAGCGCGCCAAAAAUCUUCGAGAAAAUUCUACGGCAGUUAUCAAAAAGUUCAUUAGAAGAUAGUUUGGAUAAGAAAUUAGAACAAAACGGAAAAGACGACAAAGAUCAGGCAAAGCCAGCAUCGUAAAUUAUAUUUAUAAAUAUUCCCGCCAUUUU